GCUUCACCCACUCUCCAAGUUUCUCCAUCGCCAUGGCCCGUGCCCGCGCUAUCCCGCCUGCGCCGCAGCCGUACCGCCUCGGCGGCAUCGUGCGCUACGACAAGCAGCCGCCACGCGGCAUCCGGCGAUACCUGUGGAAGAAGGGAGUACAGAUUGACGCGCACCUCUGCUUCGCGAUGCUGGAGUGGUGGGAGGCGUUGCUUAUUGCCCUCAUGGUCCUCCCCGUCACCCUCUUCUUCUGGUACUCGUGCUACGCCUACUUCCCCGGACACAUCCGCUACCUCUCCCGCCGCUUCGCGUACUAUGUCUACGGCGACGACAGCGUCGACUUGGUGGCCGGCGCGCGCGCCUACGUCGCCGAGUGGGUCAAUCUGGCAUGGCUGUGGCUCUGCCGCGUCCUAGGCACAUCCCCCCGCUUAGAGCUAUAGUCAUUCCUCACUUUGCACACUCCGGCGCUGGCGCUUCCUACAUAUACAUUGUCCGUAGCUAAUGGAUCCUUGGAUUGGUA